UUUCCUGUUUACAUCCAGGAGCCUGCGAGCUAACAGCCUAAAAUAAUCGGCUGCAGGAUUUCUAACAAAAUGCCUGACAGUUGAUGAGUUUUGUGUGUUUAUUGUUGCUUCCUGCAGGGUUUUUUGGGGGGGACCAUGGCUUCAGCUCGCCCGUGUUGUCUCUGUUUACCCUCGCCGGUUGUUCUGCUGCUGCUGCUGCGGUGGCCCGGGUUGCUGGUGGCCGCGAAGCAGGUCGCUUUGGUGGAGGUUUUUCUGGAGCACCAGCCCGCUGUUAGCACUCUGCUCCAGGGGGAGGUGGUGUCAAGCCGAGGUAGCAAGAGCUCAGAGACCCGGAACGAGGAGCAGGAGGGGAACCUGGUGUUGGUUGGAGAUGACGCAACGCAGCCGAGCGAAGAAAGAGACGGGGAAAAUGGCGACUGGCAGGAGCCGUGGAUCGGCGUUGUGCCGGUGGAGAUGGACGACAGCAAAGCCUCUACUGGGAACCAGGAGUCUUUUGCUGAUGCAAUGGUUAACAAAAUGAAGCGGGCGUUGGUCCUGGGAGCGUCAGCGCUGAUCAUCCUGGCUCUGAACCAAAACACAGCCAGCGAGAUGGAUUUGUCUCAGGUUCUGCUGUCCAAGCCCAUCAUUGUGAUCCAAACGUCAGAGAACGUGACCAAGCUGAUUGGAGCUCUGCUGAGGGGUCUUCGGGCGACGGCUAAAAUCACAUAUGAGACGAUCCUACAGGACAACUUGGGCGCCACGCUGACCCUGUGGUCCAGCUGUGGCCGGUCCAGAGGCGGCCUGUACGGAGAGUGGCAGGGGGUCAUCUGCACCGGCGAGAGCAACUCUCAGGUCCAGAAGUACCUGCAGCAGCUGUGGGACACCGUCCUGCUGGUGGCGCUGAUCCUCUGCACAGGCGUCAUCGUUCAGGCCCGCUGGCAGUACCAGGACCGCCAGCUCAACGACAACCUAGAGCUUCUUCCCAAGCAGGACGUUCUGAAGAAAAUGUCGUCGCUGAAAACCAAAACGUAUCGUCGGCCCAAACCCUGGUGCGACCCGUCCCAGCAGACCGAGACGGAGAACUGCGCCGUCUGUCUGGAGCCGUUCAACAACAACCAGUGUCUGCGGGUGCUGCCGUGUCUCCAUGAGUACCACAGGGAUUGCAUCGACCCCUGGCUGUUGCUGCAGCACACCUGCCCUCUGUGCAAACGCAGCAUCCUCGGCGCCGUCCGCAGAGACAGCUAGCAGCCGCUGCUCCGCCCGGACCUCGUCCCGACUCCUCCGCCCUCCCUGGGAGCGGAUCCGGACUCCAGGCGGCAGAAACUCUGCGUUAUGGAUCCCUGCUGAGCUCUUCCUGGGACGUUUGUUACGUUAAAUAUGUGGGAACUCUGCAGCUGAAGUCGGCCGCUGAAAUAUUUUGACGUGUAAAAACUAUUUAUUCGCUCCAUGGACGACGACUUCUACUUCUUCUUCCACAUGCAGUUCACUUUAGCUCCUGAAUGAUGUCAGUAACAAACAUGUUCAUCUGAUUUAUUUCCUGCUAAAAUCACUUUUGUGCUUCUUGUUUGAAAAAUUAGCAGUUUUUUUUCCAGGGUGAAAAGAUUAUUUAGCUUUCAAAAUUAUCCGUACAGAAUACCUAAAUAUAUAACUCGUAUAUAUUUCACCUUUGUGAGCUCCCCCUCCCAUGUGGACCAACUUCCAUAAGAGAGGUACUUUAACUUAUUAGAGGCAAUUAUUGUUGGCUGCCUGGAAACCACCGAGAUGACUUCAGAUGACUGUAAAACAUGUAACUGCUUCUUUAGCGGUUACAUGUGGUGUGGAAAAGUGUUUGUCCUCUUCCUCAUUUAGUAUUUUUGCAUGUUUAUCACAGUUCAGUGUUUCAGGACAUCAAACCAAUUUAAAUAUUUAUAAAUGAAGGCAUUAGAAAUUCAAAUGUUGAUUUAGAUUUAUUUCUAAUGAUGUCUGGACUGUGUGAAAAAUGUUGGUCCAAAUUUUGGUCUAAAUUUAAACAGAAUCUCAUAUUUAAAAACCACUAAAGCUGUUUGUUUAUAAUCCUUCCACCCUGGAAAACAAAGAUCCAAACUGACCUGACGAGAGUUAAAGUGCUGUGCAAAAGUCUUUAAAAAUAAUUUUAUUGUGAAAGUAUAUUUAAGUGUAGUUUAUAAAGAUUUUAUAGUUAUUCUCUUAACUUUGGCUCCUUUUUGCAAAUCUUAUCUUUCCUCUUCGUCAUUAAAUUUAAGGAAUUUACAGCUUAUUUACAACUAUAUUUUAUUACAUUUUAGGAACUAAAAUGUUUAUUUUGUUAUAUAAGAAACGGAAUUAUUUAUUUGCACCUUUUAAUGUAUUUUUAAUAUUUUAUAAAAUAAACUUUAGUGAUUAAAUGAAAUAUCAACAGAAAGUGCCAAUUUCUUUUCAUCCGAUUUAAAUGAUGGUUGGCUGCAGCUCUAGUAAAUUUAUACCUGUAAUCAUGUAGAUUUUACUUUUUUUUUUAACAGCAAAUUUAGAUAUUUUUUGACAUCAUAGAAAAUCCAUGUGAAAUUAAUCUAAAAUUUCUGAGUUUUUCUUAUUUUUGGCAUGAAUUUACUCCUCUAAUGGCGCCAACACUCUGUCAUACAAUCAGACCAACAGUCGAUGUUUGAGUGGAAAUAAAACCUUUUGGGUUCAACCAAAACAAAUCAAACAAAUCACAGAUGUAGGUCAAAGAAGGUCGCCUCCUAAAAGCUGAAGACUUUUGCACAACACUGUAAAAAAAAAAGGAAAGUGCAGUGAGGAGAAAUUAGUGUUAGGACGUCAUGCGCGCCCCCUGCUGGUGACUUCUGAACAUGCAGCUCUUGGUGACUCCAGACAAACAGACGUUUCUGCUUGGUGGGAUCAACGUUUUCACUUAUUUUGUAUAAAUCUGGGUCAGAUCUAAUCACUUAACUCAGUUUGUAACUUUUAUUACAAAAAUGUUUUUCACAUUUGUUAAAGCUGCUCCAUGCUGUGACGGACAAUCUGUGAGAAAGUCAAUCCCCUUCACAUUUUCCCUGAGCCAUUACUGCGGUCUGAAGAAAUGCACCAAAACCAACCAAUCAGAGCCAGGAGGCGGGGCUUAGCGCUGUCAAUCAACUCAUGUACUCACUGCUAAAUGUACUUAUUGUUACUGGAAUACCGUCUAUCUGCCGUCAUGCUAUGCUAACUAGCUAACCAGCUGUAGAUUAGCAAAGAGCAUGAGGGUGAUUGACAGCGCUAAGACCCUCCCCUUUCCUCUGCGUGGUUUAUUUAUGCAAUUAGAACGGAAAGGAGCGCCAUUUUCUCACAGAUUAUCUCAUACUGUCACAGCA